AUGGUCUCCGAAUAUUACACACAGAAAGACGACGCCGUGUACGCGACCUCCAAUGGUGUGCCAUACUCGGCUCAUCCACUAGGAGCCCAAACUGCAGGCCCUGGUGGCCCCUUGUUAUUGCAAGACUUCAACUUGAUUGACGAUCUUAGUCAUUUUGAUCAGGAACGUAUUCCAGAGAGGGUUGUUCAUGCUAAAGGUGGAGGUGCCCAUGGAUAUUUUGAGCUCACUGAUUCGUUAUCUGAUCUCACCUACGCUCGUCCAUUUCAGACAGUAGGUUAUAAGUGUCCAGUCUCAAUCAGAUUUUCCACAGUUGGUGGAGAAAGAGGAACACCUGAUACUCUUCGUGAUCCAAGAGGGUAUUCAAUUAAGUUCAAAACUGACAUAGGAAACAUGGAUUGGGUGUUCAACAAUACACCAGUGUUUUUCAUUCGUGAUCCUAAUAAGUUUGCCAAAUUCAUUCAUACCCAAAAGAGGGAUCCGUCAACUCACCUCAAUCAAAACAUGGAUUCAACAAUGACUUGGGAUUAUUACACUCUCAAUCCUGAGUGUCUCCAUCAAAUCACCUACAUGUUUGGUCCACGGGGAACACCCAAGACUUGGGCCGGAAUGCAUGGCUAUUCGGGCCAUACAUUCAAAUUUGUGAAGGAAGAUGGACUGUUCAACUACAUUCAACUUCACGUUUUAGCCGACGACGGAUUUCCAACGCUUUCUAUUGAAGAAGCAAAUGAAUUAGCAGGUGCUGCGCCUGAGUACCAUAUCAAAGAUUUGUACGACAGGAUCGCUGAGAAGAAGUUCCCCACUUACUCCGUUUAUGUGCAAACUAUGAGUCCUGAACAAGCUGAAAAUUUUCGGUUUUCAAUUAACGACUUGACGAAAGUUUGGCCACAUAAGGAGUUUCCUUUGAGAAAGUUUGGAAAGAUUGUUCUUGAUAAAAAUCCUGAGAACUAUCAUGCUGAAAUAGAGCAAUUGGCCUUUUCUCCAGCACACUUGGUACCAGGUCUUGAGCCAUCAAAUGAUCCAGUCUUACAGUCUCGUUUGUAUUCAUACUCGGACACCCAUCGUCACAGAUUAGGAACAAAUUACCAGCAGCUUCCAGUGAAUAGGCCAAGAACUUUCGAAAAAGGAUCAGGUUGUCCCUUCUUGGCUGGAAACUUGCAACGCGAUGGACCCGCAGUUUUUGACAAUCAAGGAAGCAGACCGAAUUACUUGAGUAGUUUGCAACCAAUUAACGCGGUUUCAUCAAAUCCUAAGGAGUAUUCCAAUGGCUUGGGAACCACUGAAAGAGCAAAAUACAUUGGAGUAGUAACCAAGAAGGAAACUGACAAGUACACGGUAUUGCAAAGUGAAAGAGCCAAGAGAGCUCACGAUGAAAAGAUUUGGUUGAAUUCGUACGAUUACAUCUCUGGCUUCUCCGAAUUGGACGUCGAACAGCCUCGCGCGUUGUACCAAAAGGUGUUUAACGAUGAGCAACGUAAAUAUUUUGUGGAAGCAGUCGUGGGACAUGCAUCAACCAUUACGAAGAGCUACAUUAAGGAAAGACUUGCUCUUCUUUUCGGUGUCAUGGAUGAAGAUUUAGGUAAGACACUUGCCAACCGCUUAGAAGUGAAAUUCGAGAAGUUGAAUGCCGAAGAAUAUGCCAACAAAGUUGGAAUCUCUCCCGCCAAUUGA